AUGGGAAAAAAAGUUGUUGUUAAAUCAGUUCCAUCUUUAUUACCCGCGCGGAAGGACUCCAAGAAAGGUGAAACAUUCCUAACUAUAACGCAAAGAAAUCGGCUACAAAUGUCUGAAGAGAAGAUUCCGACCUUUCCUGCCUCUGCCUCCGAGCACUUUAGCUCGACCCCAGUCAAGACCAGCAAGGGGAAAGACUUUCAUAUCUCGAGAGGCCUGGAUAACGACAUCGUGGUAGAAGACGAGGACACCUUCUCUUUGCUUUCUCCCAUCUACCAUGACAGUUAUGAGAGUGAUGAGGAAGUCGAGGGCGCCGGUGAGCUGACUCCUCCGAAGAAAAGCUACGAAUCGCGGCGGUGCAAAUCAUCACUCAGGUAUGAGCUUCCUAAAACGCCGUCAGAUCAGAUGCUCCCCACAGCUGUGCAGCCUGCAGGGUCACCCUCACUAACUGCAUGGCAAACGUGGCUUUUGAACAAAGCCAAAGAGGAUCGUCUUAAACAGGAAAAGAAAGCUGAGGAGGAGCGCCUGCUCAGAGAAAAGAAAGAAGAACAGGAAAGGAACGAGGAACACAAAAAGGUUGCCAUGGAAGAAAGAAUCCACGAGUGGCUGAGAGUUAAAAGAGAGCAGGAGAGGCAAGAGCAACUCUUAAAACAGAGAAUGGAAGAAGAGGAGAUUCAGAGGAAGCAAGAGAAACAGAGGGAAAUUGAACAAAAAGCUCAGCAAAAAUAUAGAGACUGGCUGCAGAAGAAGAACCAAGAAAAAAUGGAAAAGGAAAUGCAAGAGAAGGAGGCCGCUGCCCUUAAGGAGGAGCAGGAGAGGCUGCGCCGUUGGAGGGCAGAAGAAAAGUUUAAAGAGUGGUUGACAAAAGCCAAUGAAAGAAGUAGAUGUAGUCCCAAAUCACCAUUUUAUUCAACAAGCCCCUAUGAAAAGUUGAACCCGGCACCCAGCUUCUACAAUCCCAUCCCCUGGAAGCCAAUUCCCAUCCCUCCUCCAGAAACAGCCCCAAACAAGACGUCUACCAAGAAACCCCAGAAACAAAGAAAAAGCCACCAGAGUUCUUGUUCAGCUUUUAGAAUUAGAGACGGUGUGAGUGCAGCACGUUUUCUGCAGUGGAGAUAA